UGCGCAUGCGCGAGCCUACGAGAUCACAGUCGCCAUAUUUCCAAUCUGUCUAAUCUGAAAAUUCAGUAAGUAAAUAUUCGUUUUCGCUCAGAUUUCCGUGUUUUUGUGCGAAAUCGUCGUUUCCGUCUCAAUUCCCUCGAAAUUUGGCGUGAUCGCGCAAUGUCAGUGUUGAAUCAAAGCGGGGAAGAGCAAGUCGAGUGCCCCCUCUGCAUGGAGCCCCUCGAGGUCGACGACCUGAACUUCUUUCCGUGUACUUGUGGCUACCAGAUUUGUCGGUUCUGCUGGCACAGAAUCCGGACCGACGAGAACGGGUUGUGUCCGGCGUGCCGUAAGGCCUACUCGGAGGACCCCGCCGACUUCACGCCCCUGUCCCAGGAGCAGGUGGCCAAGCUCAAGGCCGAGAAGAGGCAGAGAGACCAGCAGAGGAAGGCCAAGUUGAGCGAGAGUAGAAAGCAUCUAGCUAGUGUGCGAGUCGUUCAGAAAAAUCUCGUUUUUGUUGUGGGGCUGCCGAUGAGGCUCGCCGAUCCUGAAGUACUCAAAAGGCAUGAGUAUUUUGGGAAGUUCGGCAAGAUUCACAAAGUCGUUAUUAAUCAGUCUACGGCGUAUGCGGGCUCGCAAGGGCCCAGUGCAAGUGCCUACGUGACGUACAUGAAAAGCGACGACGCUUUACGGGCCAUCGAGAGUGUCAACAACAUAACAAUUGACGGUCGUCUUGUAAAAUCCAGUUUAGGAACAACGAAAUACUGCAGUCAUUUUAUGAAAAAUCAACCAUGUCCAAAACCGGACUGUAUGUACCUCCAUGAUUUCGGAGAUCCUGAAGCUAGUUUUACGAAAGAACAGAUGCACGCAGGAAAACAUCAAGAAUACGAAAAGAAACUACACGAAGCGCUAUUACAACGGACUAAUAAUAAUAAUACGAACAGUAAUCAGAACGUGACAAGUACGACCACGACAACAGAGGCAAAACCGACGACAAAAAGCAAAGAAACGGUAGCUGUGGCGGCGGCGGCAGCAAAUGGGACAAAUAAAGAGAAUUGGCCACAAUUGAAUGCGGAAAAAGACGGUAAAGAGAAAAAACCGGAAAAGACCGAAAGUAAAGAGAAAGUUUCCAAAGGUAAAAGUAAAGAAAAGUCGAAAGAGAAGAAGGAGAAAAAGCCUGAAGUGAAAUUACCGAAAGAGGAGAUAAAGAAAGACACUGGGGAGAAAUUAUCGAUAUUGGACGAUAAUUCGAGUUUUUUUUCGAACAAUUCGUUCCAUAAAAUUGUCCCUGAAAGUCGUGACGAUGAUAGUCCUAGUGAGACAUCGCCCUCUCUUUUAACCGAUUCUCUCCCCGACAUAAAUACAACCGAAGAUUGGGCCGCAGCAUUCGGUUUUAAUAAAACAUCUGAAACGAUUUGUUCCGAAUCGAGUCAAUCACCAAUCGAUUCGUUCUUCCGCACCGAUGAUUUUCGUAAUUUAAUUGAAGCGUCGAUUACAACAGCCAAAAAUAACGGUUAUAGUAAACCACCACCACCGCCACAGCCCCCAUCAACCACGUCGGAGAACUAUUUCGGGAAAGAAUCCGGUUUGGAUCAACACAUGUCUAAGUUUUUUAUGGAUUUUCAUGCGAAAAACGGACAGAAAGAUAGUAACGGUUUUACGAUGAAUCAUAAUAUGAAUGGAUUUCAAGUCAAUAAUUAUUUUAUCAAUCAGGAUCGGUUGGUGGUGUUGCAGCAGCAGAAGAAGAUCGAAGAACAUUUGGUGAAUCUCUCAUUGAAACAGAAUCAAAGUUAUGGUGGUUAUAUGAAUGGAGAUGUAGCACAGAAUGGAUAUGGAGGGGGGUAUCCAGGACAGAUAUAUCAACAACAACAACAACAACAUCAUCAAAAGAGUCGGACACAUUCGGAGGACGAUCUGGGUUUUGAUCCGUUUCAGGAGACACAAAAGGCAUUAGCCGAGCUGAUAGCAAAUGAACAGAGUUAUAAGGCACAUAAUAAUGUUCGAGGAGGGGUAAAUGGUGUUGUCCACAGUCAAAGUAAAAGUCACUUACCCCCACCUCCACCCGGUUUUGUUCAACCAACAACACACAUGAAUUCAUUCGGUAGUAAAAUUUUACCAUUUUUAAAUAUGUCAAAUCAACAAAUUAGUUCAUCAACACAACAAAACUGGCCUAGUUAUAAUUCGCAAGUGCAGCCACCUCCACAACAGCAGAAAAAUGUAAACAGCUGUAACGAUUGGAAAGAUUUCGAUUCGGCAAUAGUAACGACCAGUCGUCACUAUCCUAUAAUGGGACCGAUAAAUAAUCCUUUCAGAUCGUUACAACAACAGUUAGGUACACAACAAAUACCGAAUGGAUCGUUAAGAUCCCACGAAUUUACGAAUAACGCAUUUUCAAAUUUCACACAACAGUUACAACAACAGCCAAAUUAUACAAAUUAUUCAUCACAUUUAAAUACAACAACACAACAACAAAAUCUAAGUUGGUUUACUAGCGAAUUAAAUACACAAAUAUCAAGUCCACCCGGAUUUCGAACUGCGACUCAAACGUCUAAACAACAAGAAUGUUAGAUUCGUUGAAUUUAAAAAAAAAAAAAACAAAACAAACACAAGUCAAAACGCAACGUCGAUGGUGUGUGGAUCCGUUAAAUAUAUAAUUUUUAUUUGGAUUUCAUUUUUAUUUUCUCAUUAUGUAACACAGUGUGACGAGAGUUUCCACAAUUGUGCAAUAAUACAAAAUGGAAAAAGCUGGCUAAAUAGGAUUUACUUUCUUUGUGGUUAUUAUUUAUCAGGAUCCAUGCAAUUAAGUUAUUCUAAUUAUCAAGAAAAAAUCGAAAGGAGUACUACUAAAAUGUGCUUUAUUUUAUUAUAAAAUUCUGUGGGUGCUUGGCCAACAAUCUUCAAAUGAUUAAAAACUAAUAUUAUCCUUAUAUUCAUUUGAUUAUAUGAAAUAAAACAGCUAAAUAUAUAAUACAAUAUCA